UUGUUUUACCGUCACUGGUGGACGGGACAGAGACGACGACGUUUUUGACCUUUUGUGGGAGGAGUGCGGGGCUGAGAGAUCCGAUCCCAAUUUCGGAAUCGAGAAAGCUUGCGAUCUCACUCUGCUUCCCUGUGACCCCUCCUCCGUCCAUCUAUAGCUCUCGGGUGGGGGUUCAUAUCUUUCUGAACAUGUCCCAAGACAAGGAACCUGGUGAUGUGGAGGAGGAGAGCCAUGGGCAAGAAGAAAAGGACUUGUCUGAUGAGAAUCUGACUGCAAAUGGAUCGCUUGAGAACCAUGAUCAGCUACUCCAGAUGAUUUCUCAACUGAGAUUAGAAAAUGACUUUCUCAAAUCCCAAUUUGUAGAGCCAAGUAGAUCCAACCACAAAACCGAGCUAGUUGAAGCGGACUCAGCUCAGCUUAUACAGCUUCACCAGCAAGUCGCAUCACUGAGCAGAGAGAUUGAUGUCGAGAAACAAACUCGUGUUGCAGCUGAGCAAGCUCUAGAGCAUCUAAGGGAAGCAUACUCUGAGGCUGAUGCAAAAGCCACUAACUUGUCCCAAGUUCAACAGAAACUGGACCAGGAAAUCAAAGAGCGCGACGAGAAAUAUGCCGACCUGGAUGCCAAAUUCACCAGGCUUCACAAAAGGGCUAAACAGCGUAUUCAAGAAAUCCAAAAGGAAAAAGACGAUCUCGACGCCCGUUUCCGGGAACUGAACGAUACAGCUGAACGAGCAUCUUCUCAGCACUCAUCCAUGCAACAAGAGCUGGAACGCACUAGGCAACAGGCCAAUGAAGCACUGAAAGCAAUGGAUGCUGAGAGGCAACAACUAAGGAGUGCCAAUAACAAGCUCAGGGACACUAUCGAGGAGCUACGCAGCUCAUUGCAGCCUAAAGAAAAUACGAUAGAGACAUUGCAACAGUCACUUCUUGACAAGGACCAGAUUCUGGAGGACCUGAAAAAGCAAUUACAAGCUGUGGAAGAAAGAAAGCAAACUGCAGUUGCUGAGUUGUCAGCCAAACAUCAAAAGAACGUAGAGAGUUUGGAAGCACAGGUCAUAGAUGCUCUAUCUGAGAGGGACAAAGCAGCCGAAAACAUUUCGCUGCUUCAGGUACUUCUUGCAGAGAAGGAAUCUAAAAUUGCAGAGAUGGAGGCAGCUGCAACUGGCGAAUCAGCAAGGCUAAGGGCUGCUGCAGAAACUCUUAAAGGAGAGCUUGCACACCUUAAAGAGGAGAAUGAAAAGGAAAAGGAGACUUGGGAAGCUUCAUGUGAUGCCCUUAAAUCUAAACUGGAAACUGCUGAAAGCAAUUACUUACAGGCCGAAAUCGAAGUGGCUAAAAUGAGAAGUCAGCUGGGAUCUGAAAUGUCCAUGCAGACCCAGAUGCUAAGCACAAAAGAUGCUGAACUCAAAGGUGCAAGAGAAGAGAUCAACCGUCUCCAAAGUGAAUUUUCUUCUUACAAGAUCCGUGCUCACGCACUUCUGCAAAAGAAGGACAUGGAGCUGGCUGCAGCUAACGACUCUGAACAGAUAAAAUCUCUUGAGGAAGCUCUAAAGGAAGCUGAAAAAGAAGUAUAUUUGGUAUCUGCAGAGAGGGAUAGGGCACAGCAAGAUCUUCAGGGUGCUUUGGCUAGUCUUGAGAAAGAACUUGACGAAAGAGCUGGAGUACUUAAAGAUGCCAGGGAGCAGAUUAAAAGUCUUGAAUUGAAGCUCGAGUCCACCGUUGCUCGCAAUCAGGCAGAGAAACAAGCAUGGGAAGAAGACCUUCGGGUUUUAGAAGAAACUUGGCGACGAAGAUGUGAAGCUUUAACUGCUCAAAAUGAAGCCUCCUCUGCAGAGGGUGUAGAAAAAGAACUAGAAGAUGCCAAACAGCGGAAUAAACGACUGAAGGAGGAGCAUGAAUCAGUACGUGAGCUUGCAGAUAGACUCAUUGAGGAGAAGGAUCAAGAGAUAUCCAGACUUGUGGAUGAGAAUAAAAAUCUUCGAAAAUCUAUAGAAGCAAAACCAGUAGUUCACCACUAUGGGAACAACAACACAGAGCCCCAACAGCAGGAUGUAUCUAACUUGAGUACUUCUGCAGCAGAGCACCAGAUUCUGGUAGGACUUUGUAAUAUAUUGGCAAGGCAACAAGCUCAGAGAGAAGAAGAGUUGGCACAGACUCAGCGCCAUAUUUUAGCUCUUCAGGAGGAAAUAGAGGAGCUUGAGCGCGAAAACCGUCUGCAUAGUCAACAGGAAGCUAUGCUAAAGACGGAGUUGAGGGAGAUGGAAAGAAACCAGAAGAGAGAAGGUGUAGAUAUGACAUACCUAAAGAAUGUGAUACUAAAACUGUUAGAAACAGGUGAAGUAGAGGCUUUACUACCAGUAGUGGGGAUGUUGCUUCAGUUCAGCCCAGAGGAGAUCCGCAAGUGUCAGGAAGCCUACCAUAGCUCCACAACAACUACAACGACAACAACUACAGAGGCGACUCCAGGUCCGGCAAGUGAGGGUUCAGGUCUAUCACUCUUCUCAAGGUUCUCGUUUUCCUAGUAGGGGAGCGGAGGGGAGCUACCACAUUCUUUUGGGCCAAGAUACAUAUGAGUUGUGUUUGAAGUCCUUCGUUUUUGUGUAAUGAAUGUUAAAGUGAAAUAACAAUUUUGUCUAGAUGUUGUUUAUUGUAAAGAAAAGAAGCACCAGUAAGUUGAGUUGGGCCAUGAAUGGAGUAAUAUUAUUAUUUCAAGCGAAA